CCCCUAUUCGGAGCAUACAGGAAUCAGGACAAGCAGGAAACCUGACCUGCAAACUAACGAGUCCCCUCCCUGUUUCUCUUCUCAUACCUGCAGUCGAAAACCUUUGAACGAAACGUAACCAGCAGCGUUGAAGCUAUACUAAUAAGGAUUUUAAGCUGAACUGAAGGUUUGUUUUUGUUUUUUUUCUACUUUGAAACUCUUGACGACAUGCAGACUCAGAUCAUUGGUUUGUGUUUGGCAAUCAUCGGAUUUCUUGGCACCAUCCUUAUCUGCGGGCUGCCCAUGUGGAAGGUGACGGCCUUUGUCGGGGCAAACAUCAUCACCGCACAGGUGUUCUGGGAAGGUUUAUGGAUGAACUGUGUGAUCCAGAGCACAGGUCAGUCACAGUGCAAAGCCUAUGACUCCGUCCUGGCUUUACCACAAGGACUGCAGGCCUCCAGGGCUCUGAUCUGCGUCUCCAUUGCUGUCAGCGUGGUAGCCAUCGGGCUGACUGUGGUGGGAGCCAGCUGCACCAACUUCUUCCGUGACGACUCCUUGAGAAAAGCUAAUGUUGGAGUGGCUGGAGGUGUGGUGUUUAUAAUCGCAGGACUCCUGUGUCUCAUUCCUGUUAGUUGGUCGGCUCACAACAUCAUCACAGGAUUUUACAACCCUUUGGCCACAGCGGAGAGGAGGGGGGAGCUCGGUGCCUCCAUAUAUGUGGGCUGGGCAUCUGGAGUCCUGCUCGUCAUUGGAGGCGGGAUGGUGUGUAGCAUCUACAGAUGCAGAUGAUGACUAGAUAAUCUCAAAAACUGUGCAAUAGUGUAUCUGACUUUUUUUUUCUUUUAUUUCUGUUGCUAAUUGCACUAUACAACGAUUUUGUAAGAAAUCAGUAGCAGAUCUGUAAAACAUGUAGCACAUUAAAGUGAACAGGAAACUGCAGCAGCUUGCAGUGUUUAUUUUUUUAAAGGGAAGGAACGGGAAGUCUGGUCGACCUGAUAUUUCUGUAAUAUGUUUAAAUGAAGGAAACAGAGUUUUGUGAAACAUUUUAGUAUGUAUAGCACAGACUGUAAAAUGAUUUAAUCUCUUAAUACAGUAUUUUUUUUAACUGCCUGUGUAGUGACGAAUUUUCUCUCUGUAAUGUUAGUAACAAUUUUUAAGAAUAGAAUGAAGGAAGCAAGUCAACUAGCUAAAUAAAGACAGCAGCUACUUUAGUUAUUUAAAAACUGUGAUUUAAAUUGUACUGGAAGUACUCAUGUCUUACUUUGGACUUUUUCACCCCUUUCCUUGAUCAUUGUCCUUUUUGUUGUCUACAUAUAUUUGCAAAGCUGUCCAACUGUCGGCCAUGUUCUGUGAUGUUGAGGACAAAACGAUUUAUUAUAUUUUUGUAGAGUAAGCAAACCAAUAAAUUCACUUUAUUUUGGACACUAA